UACUCAUCUGUACUCGUAGUACGGAUUAAUGAGAUGAUGAAUAGAAGUGUGGAGGAUUAGUCGUUAUUUGGUUGAGCGAAAUAACAAAAGCGAAAUAUUGCUGUCGCAAUCCGUUAAAUAUAUUUUCAAAUAAAUAAAUAAAUUACAGGCGAAUUGUGAGUCGUUGGUACAAAUAUAAAUUGCGGAAUAAAUACCCGAUAAAUACUCGGAGAAACUCUGUAGAUCACUUCGAAACUUGUUUACACUUUGAUGCUCUUCGGAUACUGUUCGAUGAACUCUCACGUUCGUGAUCGCGUCCGUUUAUUUAUACUGGUGGAAAAUUUGUAUUCGACUACGUUUGACGGUUGUAUGUAGCGGCGACAUUGUUUUGCCCGGAGUUUAUUGAUCCUUACAAUACUUGUAACCUAACGAUCUUAAUACUCCGAGGCAAAACAACAACAGAAUUUGAAUUGUCCUGACUCGCGUGCCACUACAGAAGUAAUAUAGCAUCAUGCUAACCUAUAAAAUACGCUAAAAAUGCUCAAUUUUACGUACGGAUAACUCUUGAACCGCUUGAUUUCUAAAGUUAAGACUUGAAUUUUUGAAUCCUACGUGUCGAAAACUAUCAAAUAACAAAAAAAGUUAACUUCUAACUAAAUAAAAUUUUCAUUCACUCAAAUAAAAUAAAUAAUAGAUAUAAGAUAUAGGAAUAUAUGUGAAUAUGUAUACAUGUAGACUAGUUCCUAUCUUCAGACUGUUUCAAGAUGAUGAAGUUGGUCACUUGCAGCUUGUAGCUUGCAGCUCAUAAUUGUACAUAGUCAAUCCAUGUACAUAUUAUGUCUCUUGCAUACAUAGCUGCGUAUAGAAAAUUCACAAUAUAGUUUUGGACAUUUAACGUGUAAAUUUAGAAAAGUUAAUCAACAAUGACUGACGAUUCCAAUGGAGAAUCCACAUUCGAAUUUGUCGAAAGAAGGACAGAUGAAUCGUCUACAUCUGGAGAAAUCGUAAAAACAGAUUCUUUUAGCAGUUUGUCUUCAUCAACAUCUUUAUUAAUGCCAUUAGGUGUGUCAACAUCUACAGGAAAUUUGUUAUCAAAUGUACCACCACCUAGUGCAUUGCCUAUUUUUAUUUCAAACCCUGGAACAUUGUUAUCAGAAAGGCCUAAUAAUUUAGAAUCAUCUUCACAAAAGAAGCUUCAUGAACAGGAACCUAAUAAAUCAAUGUUAAAUACUGUUAUUCAAUCUAAACCAUUGCAGCAAGAAACACAUCAAGUAAUUACAACUCCUAUUGUUACUCCGUCCAUACAAAAUGUACAAACUACAGUGCCAUCAGAAAAUAUAGUCCAAGAUUCAGGAAUGGUUGGAGGUGGUCUACUGUCAUGGGUUAAAGAAACAGUAGUAAAUAGUAAUGUAUUAAGCAAAGUUGCAGAAAAAGCAAAGAACAGUGUUAAUACUAUGAUCACAACAUUAGAUCCUCAGAUGCGUGAGUUCAUUUAUUCUGGUGGUGAUAUGGAGAUUGUAGUUGCAUCAGAUAAAGAUGUUAAAAUAAGUUCUGUUCGUCAGGCUUUUCAAACAGUUUUUGGGAAGGCAACAGUAACUGGUAUAUCAGUGGAAAGUUCAGCUGUAGCUGCUCAACCAGUUGGUUUUGCUGCUGGUGUGAAAGGAGCAGAAGAAAGAAUUAAUUCUGCUCGAAAUAUUCCGACUCUUCCAAAAGAUAUACCUAUAAUUGCAGUAGAAAAUUUUCUGUUAGAAGUUGGUGAAGAUAAAUGGUAUGAUUUAGGGGUGAUACUUCUUAAUGAUCCGAAACGUAAUGUGAAUUUGCAAACGUUCACUCAAAUGACUCCAGUGCCAAGUCAAAUAGUAACAAUGGCACAAGAAGCCACACCUGAAGAUUAUCCUCUUAAAUGGUCUGGAUUGUCAGUUACUGUUGGUAGUUUAAUGGCAAACAGUUUACAGGUUUCUCACAAUGAAUGGCAUCAUGCACUUACAGGAAUUUCCAGAAGAGACAUUAUACUUUUAGCAGCUCAAUCACUAGCUGGCAUCUACAAAAACACAAUUAAUCCCAUCUAAAUUUUUAUGAAAAAUACAUCGAUGCAAUUUAUCAAUGAAUUGCGUUUUUGUAAAUGCAACUAUAAUAAUUUAUAGAGUAACUUGAAUCAAUUAUCAAAAUUUAUUUCUUAGACUCUUACUUUUUACGAAUAGCUAACAUUUCAUCACAUUGUUGAAUCCAAUUCAAUUAACGUAACAUACUUAUUAAAUUAGUAUUUAUAAAUUAAGGAAAUGUAUUUUAAUUAUAUGUGGUAAUAUGUACAAAAAAUUAAUGGAAUGAAGUCGAAAUAUAUAAAAAAAAUAGGUUUGGUAUGUUGAAUGUGAUUAUUUCAUCACAUAUGAAUUAUUAAUAUUAGAUGUAUUGACACUAUAGUAUAUUUUAUUAAAAUAAAAUCAUAAUUUAUACACAA